AUGGACAAGGGAAAGGGAAUCGCCUCCUCCGGCAAGCGGAAGAAAGGAGGCGACGACGAUGACAAGACCGGCAGUGGGAUCAGGAAGAAGAGGAACCGCCAGGUCCUUCAGUUCUUCGAGGACGCAGCCGAUGUUGACGACGACGACGAUUCCGACUUGAGCGAUUUGAAUGAGUUGAGCGAUUUUGACGAGGAAGAAUUCGAUGUAGAGUUGAAAGUAAAGAAGGAGCCAGGAAAAGCACAGAGCAUCCCUUUCUUUCCAAAAGAGGAGCAGAUGGAUGAGGAUGAAUUUGAUAAGAUGAUGGAGGAACGGUAUAAGGAUGGUGCCGGCUUUGUCAGAUAUGCUGAUGAUCCUUUUGAGGCUAAAUUGGUGGAAAGAGAUUCUCUUUUGGCCUUAGCUACAGAUGCAACCAUCUGGAAAGUGAAAUGCAUGAUUGGGCGUGAAAGACAAUCUGCUUUCUGUCUCAUGCAAAAGUUCGUGGACUUGAAGUCUCUGGGUAACAAACUAGAGAUAAUAUCUGCAUUUUCUGUUGACCAUGUGAAGGGUUAUAUUUACAUCGAAGCUGAACGGCAGUGCGAUCUUGUUGAGGCAUGCAGCGGGCUUUCAGGAAUAUACACUUCCAGGGUGACGACAGUUCCAGCGAAUGAAGUUUCACAUUUGAUAUCUGUUCGGUGCAAAAAGAGUCAAGUAACCAAGGGCAUGUGGGCCCGAGUCGAGUCUGGAAAUUACAAAGGAGACCUGGCGCAGAUUGUUGGGGUGAAUGAUGAACGCAAAAGGGCCGUGGUGAAGAUUAUACCUAGGAUUGAUGUGCAUGCUCUGGCUGAAAAAUAUGGUGGUGGAAAGGUGGCCAAGCGAACUGAUGUACCAGCUCCAAGGCUGAUAAACUCUAACGAACUGGAGGAGUUCCGGCCUCUUAUCCAGUACAGACGUGACCGUGACACCGGCAUUAUGUUUGAGGUUCUUGAUGGGUUGAUGCUCAAGGAUGGAUUCUUAUACAAGAAAGUACCUGUGGAUUCCUUAAACUGUUGGAGUGUGAUGCCAACGAAAGAGGAGUUAUUGAAGUUUGAAUCCUCCGAGAAAAAUGAUUCUGGUAACUUAGAAUGGCUUACGCAGAUUUACGGAGCUAAAAAGAAAAAACAGGUAAUUAGGAAUGAUAAAGGUGGGGAAAAGGGAGAAAGUUCGUCUGGGACUGGAAGUCAAGCAAACUUUGAGCUAUAUGAUUUUGUGUGCUUUAGGCGCAAAGACUUUGGCAUUGUUGUUGGAAUGGAGAAGGAUGGUAAUUGCAAGAUUCUAAAAGAGGGAACAGAAGGACCAAGUGUGGUGAUUGUUGAACAGAAGGAAGCAAAGAUUGGCCCCUCAGAAAUGAAAUUUACAGCUUUUGAUCAGCACAAGAAGGUCAUCUCAAACAAUGAUACUGUCAGAGUCUUGGAGGGUCCAUUGAAGGACAGGGAAGGAAUUGUUAGACAAAUCUAUCGAGGAAUUGUCUUUAUAUAUGAUCAGAAUGAGACUGAAAAUGGCGGUUAUAUUUGCUCAAGAGCUCAAAUAUGUGAAAAAGUCAAGAUUCAGUCAGACAAAUUCGAGGACAAGUCUGGUGGUGAAUCCAACUUUGGAGUCUUUGGAGGUUUUGAUGAUGCCCCAUCAUCUCCAAAAUCUCCAUCGUCACCUAAAUCAUCAUUUCAAGCAAGGGAAAUCAAUUUCAACCGAGGAGAGAGGGAAGGUACAUUCUCCAUUGGUCAGAUCUUGAGGAUCAAGGUAGGACCUCUGAAGGGCUACAUUUGCCGUGUAUUGGCUGUACGUCGCUUUGAUGUUACAGUGAAACUAGAUUCAAAGCAGAAAGUUCUUUCAGUUAAAUCUGAAAAUCUUGCGGAGGUCCGUGGGAGGAGUUAUGCUGUUUCUGGCAGUGAGGAUGCAGGUGCUGAUUCUUUGAAACCUUUUGAUCCAAUUGGGGCUGAUGGUGGUUCUGGAGGUUGGACAAGUGGGGCUGGAACAUCGGGCGAUGCUGAUGGGUGGAGUCUUGGGGGUCUAUCUGCAGAGAGGAGUGCUUGGCCCAGCUUCUCUUCGCCGAAGCCUCCAACAGAGUCUGAUCUUGCUGGUCCAUCAAAUUCUAAAGAGCAAGGUACAGAAGAUGCUGCAUGGGAGAAGAAACCGACGGGUAAUCAGACUUCCUCCUGGGGUGCAGCAACUCCUGAUGACAAAGCCAUUCCAAACGCAGAUCAAGCGAGUGGCUGGGGAACCAGUGGUGAUGCUUGGGUCAAAGCCUCAACUGAUGCCGGUAGCAGUGGAGCGUCUGACAGCUGGGGUAAAUCACCUGAAAAGAAAGUGACUGCGGAUCAGAAUUCAUGGGGAGCAGCGGCACUUGAUGACAAAAUCAUUGACAAGACCGACCAAACUUCUGGUUGGGGAAGCAGUGGAGAUGGCUUAAAAAUCUCUACUGCUGAAAUUGGUCCUAGCAGUGGAGCAUCAGAUGACUGGGGUAAAGCUCUUAAAUCCAGUCAAGAUCCAAUUGAUGCCGCUUCCACCUGGGACAAAGGGAACCCGACCAGCAGUUGGGGUGGUGGGAAUUCCUGGGGUAAGGCAAAAGCGGACACUGGUGAUGGAGGAUCAUUUGAGAAGAAUAAGAGCUCGGAUGGAGGUGAGGGUGGCUGGAACAUUAAAGUUGCUGCAGAUGACAGCCAGCCCUCUGGUUGGGGCAACCAAAGCAGUUGGGGUAAUGCUCAGUCUUCACAAGGGAAGUCUAAUUGGAACCAGAAAACGUCCGAAGUUAGUAAAGAGAAGGACAUUAGGGAGCACGGAGAAGCUUGGAAAAGUGGGGGUGUAUCGGCAAGCUGGGACAACAAAGCAGUCACCUUAAGUGACUCCCAGCCCUCUGGUUGGGGCAGCAAAAAUGGGCAGGGCAAUCCUCAAUCUGCUCAAGAUAGUGCUGGUUGGAACCAGAAAUCCUCUUAUCCCGAGGAGAAGAAAGAUGUGGUGGAGCAAAGAAAUGAUUUGAACAAUUCUGAUUUUAAUCAGAAAAGCAAUUGGAACUCCAAAUCUGGCGAUGGCUCCUCGAGCUGGGGAAAGAAGGGUGAUUUGAAUUCUUGGUCUGCUGCUGCUGGGAAUGCAGAAGACUCUAAAUGGGGUAAGAAAGCCGAGUGGAACUCUGGCUCUGGUUCUAAUGAUGCCAACCAAGGUUCCAGUUGGGGAAAGAUGAGCAAUUUGAACUCGGUCUCUGCUGAUGCUAGUGGGAGUAAGAAAGGUGACUGGAAUUCUGGUUCUAAUGAUGUUAACAAUCAAGGGGGUUCCAGCUGGGGAAAGAAAAACUUGAAUUCUGGGUCUGCUGGUGCUGGUGGCAGUGCAGAAGACUCAGACUGGGGUAAGAAAGCUAACUGGAAUUCUAAUUCUAAUUCUAAUGAUGCCAACGACCAGGGGCAUGCCAGUUGGGGAACGAAGCCUGUAGAUGCUGCACCUGGCAGUGGAGUCUCACCAUUGGAUAAAAAGACUGAUUGGAACUCUGGGUCCACUGAGGCAGGUGGUGGAAAUGCAGGGUCUUCUUCAUGGGUUAAAAAGGCUAACUGGGGAUCUGGUUCUAAUGACAAUGCCAGCCAAGGGGGUUCCAGUUGGGGACAGAAGAGCAACUGGAACUCUAGUGCUGGUGAUGCAGCCGGAGGUGCAGACUCUACUUGGGGAAAUAAAAAGAGUGACUGGAAUUCUGGUUCAAAUGAUGAUGCCAACAACCAGUAUUCUUCUGGAUGGGGUGGCAGAAAGGGGGGAAGCUGGAACUUGGGAGCUGCUGGGGGAGAGACAAACCAGGAAGAUGGCAAUGAUAACUGUGGGAACUGGAGGGGUGGUUUUGGAGGUAGAGGUGAUUCAGAUCGAGGUGGCGGCUUUAGAGGUAGAGGGGAGAGAGGAGGUUUCAGGGGUAGAGGGGACAGAGGAGGUUUCAGGGGUGGUAGAGGGGAAAGAGAUGGCGGUGGGUUUGGAGGUAGAGGGGACAGAGGAGGUUUCAGGGGUGGUAGAGGAGGGGAAAGAGAUGGCGGUGGGUUUGGAGGUAGAGGAGGCAGAUCUGGGAGAGGAGAGUUUGUGAGUGGAGGUGGUAAUGGUGACUCAGAGAGAGGUGGAGGGUAUGGUGGUAGAGGGAGGGGAAGAUGGGGGGAUCAAGGAGGCAGUGGCAGCAGCUGGAAUGAUGGCAACAAUUCUGGUGGUGGUGGAGGAGGAUGGAAAAGUAAGAAUGAAGGAGAGUUUGAGAGUGGAGGUGGCAAUGGUGACUCAGAGAGAGGAGGCUUUGGGGGCAGAGGUGCCAGAGGUGGAGGGUACGGUGGUAGAGGGAGGGGAAGGUGGGGGGAUCAGGGAGGCAGUAACAGCAGCUGGAACGAUGUCAACAAUUCUGGUGGUGGUGGUGGAGGAUGGAAAAGUAAGAAUGACGGCGAGUUUGAGAGUGGAGGUGGUAAUGGUGACUCGGAGAGAGGAGGUUUCCGUGGGAGAGGUGGAGGGUAUCGUGGUAGAGGAAGGGGAAGUUGGGGUGAUCAGGGAGGCAGUAACAGCAGCUGGAAUGAUGGCAACAAUUCUGGUGGCGGUGGUGGAGGAUGGAAAAGUAAGAAUGAAGGAGAUUUUGAGAGUCGAGGUGGUAAUGGUGACUCGGAAAGAGGAGGUUUCCGGGGCAGAGGUGGAGGGUAUGGUGGUAGAGGCAGCUGGAAUGAUGGCAAUAGUUCUGGCGGUGGAGGAUGGAAAAGUAACAAUGAAGGAGGUGGUGGCAGCGGCGGCGGAGGUUGGAACAAUAGUGGGGGUGAGGAUAAGAAGGAAUGGAAGAGCAGUUGGGGUUCUGGAAACGAAACAACUGGUGGUGGGAGUGGACAAGGAGGAGGGGGUUCUGGUUCUGGUUCUGCGUGGGGCCAGCCAGGAAAGGCUGAAGCUGAUAAUGGUGGUGGUGGCUGGAAAUCAGGAGGAGGUGGAAAUGGCCAAUCCAGUGGGUGGGGUGGACAAGCAUCUGGCGAGAAUUCGUCGUCAGGUUGGGGCGCUAACAAAGAAGCAGCAGCAACUGAAGGUGGCGAUGGCGCAUGGGGGAAAAAGCCAUCAACUGGCAGCUCAUGGGGAAACAAGGAAGCGGGAAGUAAAGGAGGAGGGUGGUAA